AUAAAAGAGACACAGUGCAGUGUUUCAGUUGCGGUGGCUGUCUCGCCAACUGGCAAGAAAAUGAUGAUCCCUGGAAAGAACAUGCCAAGUGGUUUCCUGAGUGUGAAUUUCUUCAAAGUAUGAAAACUCCUGAAGAAAUAAAAGAAUAUAUCAAUUUAUACAAUGGAUUUGAAGGAUUUACAAGGAUCCUCAGGAGGGAAUUCACCCUGCUGGCAGAUACGACUGUCACAUUACUGACUCCUCCAGCCGCUGUGUGCCUUGAUUUACGCAUUUCAGGGGCACGCCCCCUUUGUCAGAACCAGCCUGGUUGUGGUGCUGCCAACCUGGACAUCUUUGAAGAUGAGAAUGUCCGUUUAGAAUCAUUUAAAACGUGGCCUCCAAAUACCAAUAUCGAUCCUGCUUCACUUGCCAAAUGCGGAUUUUUCUAUGCAGGAAAAAAGGAUGCAGUGAGCUGCUACACUUGUGGUAUCUGCAUUCAUUCAUUUCAACCUGGGGAAGAUGCAAUGACUGAACAUCUUAAACACAGCUCCGAUUGCGCAUUUUUGAGGAGAAUGUUGGAAAUAAAAUGUGAAAAUUCCAGUCAUAUAGACAGUCAACAUGUGCAAUUAGUUGAUCAGAUCAAAUUUAAGUUAGACUUGAGCUGGCCACCAUGGGAGAGAGCGAGAAUAUCUCAUGGAUCCUGGGAGGAGUCUCUUGUUAUCCUUUAUGAUGGCCCCAAAUUUACUUCUAGCAGCCUACGGCGCAUCCACCGCUACGAGAGGCGCCGCUGCGUUCCACGCUGGAAUGCGGUGGCACCGAGGACGUCAUGCGGCUCCUCCCACCCGCAGUUCCGCGUUCCGGUUAAAAGACGGAUCGGUAGCAAGAAACCCUCACACAUUGGCAAAUUAUGUCAGAACUCCAAACUCUCCGCUUGUGAGACUGAGAGUGACGCCUGGAGUUCGCCUGAUCAAGAUGUGGACUGGAAAGAGCUUCAUAGCAUAGAGAGCUGUUUAAAAAUCCACAAUGUGCAUUGGACUGACAAAACAAGGGAAUUAAGACAGCAGCUGAUUGAUGUCUAUAAUGAUUCUACCUUCAGCAAGAUGUCACCAUUUCCAGGAUUUUCCCAUAUUUCUGUAGAUCUGAGGUCACUCUUUGCUGAUAUCUGCAUUCUGUUAAAGGACAUUAGAAAUCGCCCAUUGCGGCAGCUUACAUUACCAGAGGUUCUGUCAGAGCUAAGAGACAUCACUAUAAUAGAAGGAGAAGCUGGCAGUGGGAGGACAGCACUGCUUAAGAAGAUUGCCAUUCUUUGGGCCUCUGGAAAGUGUCCUAUACUCAACAGGUUCAGCCUUGUGUUUUAUAUCUCUGUAUCCUCUGCUGAGAGGCAGCAAUCUCUCUGUGACAUCAUCUGCCAGCAACUGAUGGGAUCUGCUGCACUUCUCACUGAGGAGUCUCUGGGAGAAAUGAUACAGCAGUUAAAUGACAAAGUGCUGUUGCUUCUGGAUGAUUAUGGCUUGGCAGACUCGGCAUCUGAAGCCGUUGAAGAACUAUUAAAGAACCGCUGGAACAGAAUGACUCUAGCAGUCGCAGUGAGCACCAGUGCUUCAUGCAAGGUGCGACAAUAUGCAAAGAACAUACUGAGUAUUCAGGACUUUCCUCUCUUUAGUUCAUUAUACAUUUUCAAACAGCUUUUCUCGCAUAACAAAAUAUUUCUUGAAAGCUUUAGCCUGCACUUGAUGCAAUCUACCACACUCAAGGCAGCUUUAAAGACACCUCUAUUUGCUUUUGCUCUUUGUGUUUUUUGGGUACAAAACUCAGCUAAAAACAUGUCAGUAGACUUUUCUAUCUGUAUGACUUACUUGAUGCACAAAAUCCUGAAAUACGGAACAGAAAAAGAGAAACUAGAAGCUGCAGUGUUGUCCUGUGGACAGCUUGCCCUAGAAGGUAUCUUCCAAGCUCGCUUUGAAUUCACUCAGCAGUAUCUAGUUGAAGCUGGUGUAAAAAGUGAUGAUGCCCUUCGGUUUGGCCUAUUGAGUAGGUUUACGUCACAGAGGCUCAAGCCCAUUUUCAAAUUCUUUCAUCCCUCAUUCCAGGAAUACUUAGCUGGUAGGAAAAUGAAUGAACUUCUACAGUUGGAAGAUGUUGCAAAAAAUGAAAAAGGCUUAUCUUAUCUGCAGAAAAUUAACACUUUCUCAAGUGUUAAUGGGCGCUAUUACUCUUUCUUGAAGAACGCAUGCAUGCAUUCUCCAAAAACAGCCACACUGAUCAUCUCUCAUAUUUUCAGCUUGAUGAGUAAUCCAAAAGCAUUUGCACAUGAAGGAGGUACAAAUCUUCACCCUCCUAUUCUAGAAAUGAGCAGCAUUGAUUCUAUUCUCAGCAUCAUUAAUCCAAAGCAUUCCCAUCACUCUGUAGUCAGGAUGUUGCUUGAGUUUUCUAUUAACAUAGCAAAUGAGAGUACAUUUUUGGCUCACUGUGCUCCCAUUAUUCUGCAGUUUCUCAAAGACAAAGACAUUAUAAUAUGGGCAAAACCAGACAUUUGGCUGAUUAAAUUCCUGCACAAAUAUCCUGAAGGAUUAAUGCUAAUAAAGAGCCUGGAGGUACAUGUACCUAAUACUAUGAAGAAUACAAUCCCCGAGUUUUGGAAUUCAGAAGAGUUUAAAUCUCUUUGGCCUGUCCCAACAAUUGACGAAGACUAUUCCAAAGCAUUCCAGCUUACUUCAGACAUUCAACAAAAUAUACUAGAUUUGAAAUACAUUAAACGUCUAAAGGUUCCAGAUCUGUCCAAGCUUGGGUUUGACCCUGAUCAUCACAAAAUUUCUGUGCUAAGAAUUAAAGCUCAUAGUUGUACUGUCGAGAAUGAAAAUGUCCUAGGUAACCUUAUGGUUUUCUGCAGUCUAGCUAAUCGCAUUGAAUUAGACUUACUUAACUGCACAGGAUUUCUGAAUAUCAUUUGGCCUAUUAUUGACCUGUACAAGGCUUCUAUUAUGAAAUUAAGCUUGAAGACGUCAGCGUUUUCCAGAGAGGAACAAGAACUAAUUACAGAUAUGACUUCGCUGGAAAUCCUGCAAAUAAAUGAUAUGCCACCACCAGAGUACAUCCUUUCAAACAUUCACCAUUUCAAAGAGAUGAAGGAACUAGAGGUGGAAUGCCCACCUGGUGACUGGGAAAUCAUUGGACUUUUGCCAGAUGAAUUUAAAAGCCUAAAAAAGAUUGAAAAGCUAGUGUUUAAGAAUAUGGACAUGGAAACACAGUGUGAUCAACUGGCAAAGAUGAUUGAACAUUUUCCUGAUCUGAUAUCUUUCACAAUAGAAUGUAAGUAUUGUCCCGGGUUUGAAAAGGUUAUCACUUCUUUAUGCCAGAAUACAAAAAUGGAGACUCUCCGUGUUAACCGACCAAUGAUAGACAAGGAAAUAAUCCAUUUGGCUUCUGUAUUACCCUCUCUUAAAAAUCUGAAAAUUUUGGAAAUUGAAAAUCAGUAUUCAUUGAAAGUUGAAUCAUCAGAAAUAUUUGCCCAAUCUUUAGCAUCGUUAGAGAAGCUUGAAGAACUCACUUUCCCAGGUGGAAUUGCAGCAAGGAAAACAUUGCCCUGUUUCAUACAGCAAUUGCAGCAUAUGCCCAACCUCAGGAAGCUGUACAUUAACCGCAGACUAUUGAUGGACAGCAGCCUGCUAGAGCUUGCCAAAGUCUGUGCAGGCGGCUAUCUAAAGAAUUUGCAAGUUUUGGACCUUAACAAUAACAUGGAUAUCACUCAGUCUGGAUAUAGAGAUUUCCUAAAUGUUUUAGAUAACGUGCCAAAAUUACAACAUUUUGGCAUCUCCAGACCCAUUUCAGUACAAUUUAAAACAGAACCGAUAACUCUGAUUGCCUUACUUCGAUGUGUAUCUAAACUGCAUCACCUGAAAGAACUGGACAUAUUUGGAUGGCUGUUGGAUGAAAAAGAUAUGGAACUGAUCAAUGAGAUGAAGUUAAAGCAUCCAAAUGGAAACAAUCUAAUAGUGUUUUGGCAAACAACGCUACCAUUCCUCCCAAUUAUCGAGACAUAAAUGCACUUUUUUUUAAUAAGGAUGUAAUCGCUGGCAGCUAAGGAGAAACU